GGCGGGUCUGGCUUUGUGGGCCGUGAGCUGACACGCCUGCUCAGAGACAAGGGUCAUGAGGUCACGGUGAUAUCUCGCCAACCAGGACCGGGGAAGAUAACAUGGGGUGAAUUGGAGUCUGACGGCCUCCCACUUUGUGAUGGUGCCGUAAACCUGGCAGGAGAGAAUCUCAUGAAUCCACUCCGAUGGUGGAAUGAGAGCUAUAAAAAGGACUUGUUCUCCAGUCGCGUUGACACUACAAAAGCUCUGUCUCGGGCCAUCGCCGCCUCCCCCAGCCCACCUCACUCCUGGGUGCUGGUAUCGGGUGUAGCUUGCUACAAGCCCAGCCUGACCGCUGAGUACACGGAAGACAGCGAGUGGACGCCGUUCGACCUGCUCUCGAAGCUCGUCAAAGAGUGGGAAGCCGCGGCACUUCUUCCAGAAAACUUGACAAAAACCACCAAGCAAGUCGUCAUUCGGCCCGGGGCAGUGUUGGGUCGUGAUGGUGGAGCCAUGAAACAGAUGCUUCUUCCCUUCUGGCUGGGCCUCGGCGGCACCCUGGGCUCUGGGAGUCAGCCCUUCCCCUGGAUCCACGUCUCAGACCUGGCAGGAAUCAUCGCCCAGUCUCUGGAGCCCCCCGCUGACCCCCCCUCGGCCUCACCGCAGGUCUACAACGGGGUGGCGCCCGCACUGAACACGAACUACGAGUUCACCAAAGAACUGGGCCGGGUCCUGAGGCGGCCCACCAUUUUUCCCGUGCCUGCAUUUGUCAUGAACACCCUGAUGGGCUCCGAGAGGGCCAUUGUGCUCACUCAGGGCCAGAGAGUCGUUCCAAAGCGGACUUUAGAGUCUGGGUUUCAGUACAGAUACCCAGACCUGGCCUCAGCUUUGAAGCAGAUCGUUGCAAGC